AUGAUUGUCUACGAUUCAGAGAGAAGUCAGCGAGAUUACCUGCCUCAACCAGUACCUGAGGGUUGCUGUCCUAAUCUAGUGUUUGAAUCAAGGUUUGAAAGUGCUAAUCUAAGACAAGCUAGACGAGUUGGUCAGUUUGAAUAUGAACUAGUAUUACGUACAGAUCUUUACACCAACAGACAUACCCAGUGGUAUUAUUUCAGAGUUUCUAACGCUAUCCCUGGUAUAACUUAUAAAUUUAGAAUUGUUAAUCUUCUCAAACGAGACAGUCUUUAUAACUAUGGUAUGAGACCACUGAUCUACUCUGAGAAAGAUGCUAGAGAAGAAGAGAUUGGGUGGAGAAGAACAGGUCAUCAUAUUAGUUAUAGUAACAAUAUAGUGAACCAUACGUGUCCCUUAUUAGAGAAAGGUAUCAGUUAUUACAUGUUGGAGUGGCAAAUGGAGUUUCCUCAUGAAGAUGAUACCUAUUAUAUGGCUCACUGUUACCCCUAUACGUUUACUGAUCUUAAAGAAGAUGUGGACACUCUACUAGCUGACCCUGAUAGACAACAAUAUAUCAAGAGAGAAGUUCUGUGUGAAACACGAGCUGGUAACAGUUGUUUUCUUCUUACCGUCACUAACAACAAGAUAAAGACUAGAAAGAAGUUUGUAGUAAUAUCAGCUAGAGUUCACCCAGGAGAAACCCAGGCUAGUUGGAUGAUGAGAGGAUUAUUGUAUUUUAUCACCAGUCAACACCAGUCAGCUCAGAAGUUACGUGAUACGUGUAUAUUUAAAAUAGUUCCUAUGUUAAAUCCUGAUGGAGUUAUAGUAGGUAAUUAUAGAUGUUCAUUGGCAGCUCGUGAUUUAAACAGAAAUUAUCGACAUCCUAAACACGACAACUUCCCUACCAUCUAUAAUCUUAAAAACAUGGUGGAGAAUUUACUACAGAAAAAUCAGGUGGUGCUGUAUUGUGAUCUACACGGACAUAGUCGUAAAGAGAAUGUAUUUAUGUAUGGUAAUAAUAAAGAAACGUCUGGGUGUCCUGGUCAGGAAGCUAUCCAGUCUUUUAUAUCAGAUCGAGUUUUUCCCUGGUUGAUGGCCGUCAAGUCUCCAGAAAAGUUUUCAUUUAAUUCGUGUAAGUUUAAAAUUAAGCGCUGUAAAGAAUCAACUGGUAGAGUUGUUAUGUGGAGACAAAUGAAAAUACCCAACAGUUUUACUCUAGAAGCUACAUUUAGUGGUACAAUUCUUGACAAAUCUAGCUGUCGUCAUUUUAACUGUGGUGAUUUUGAAGAUAUGGGUAAAACUUUAUGUGAAGUUGUUUUAGAUUAUCAGACAAUGGAACAAGAUACAGAGUAUAAAAAUAAAGUUAUAGCAGGAUUAACAAGGGCAAUAACUCAUCAGAUACUAGCUAAACGUGGGUUAUUACCUAAAAACAUGCAGCUAAGAGAUUUACAUUCAGGGAAAGUAUCAGAUUCUGGUAUAUCAGUGGAAGGUUCAGACUCCAGUACUGGUUGUCAGACAGAUAACGAUAAACCAGCUGACAACCAAUCAGAAUUAAAUACAGCAGACGACACAGCAAAUACUCAAUUAUCAUUGGCUACACAAAAACAACUUAUAGUUCAAAAUGGUAGACAUGUACUUGAAAAACAACAGACAUCCAAACUUUCAACGGAAACUUCAAGCCAGGAGAAGAUUGUAAAGGGAGAUAAUUGUAAAGUAGAAGAUGAACAGAAGAUACUAGAAGAGACAUCUCUUAACAGUUUAGAUGGUUGUUUAAAUAUUUUAGCUCAGUUAAAUGUUUGUGAAGCUAUGUUAGAAUCAGAUUCAUCAGAUAGUGACAGUGAAUCAGAACCUGAAAUCAAACCACCAGAAAUUAAACAACGUAAGAAAAAACGUAAAUCUAGAAAACAGAGAGAUAGAGAAAAUAAAAAAAUUGAAAAUGAAAGAAAAAGCAGUAUUAUUAGUAAUAGAAAUGCACUUCCUGUUAUAACUGGACGUGGUUCUGUUUCUAUGACAACUAAAACUGAGGUAACUUCUGGUAUCAAUCCAGUCAAAAAACAACAGGGAAACAUAAAGAGAUUAGAACAAGUUGUAACUAACCAACAAUUUAUUAGUAAAUAUCAAGGUAGAACAAACGGAGGUUUACCGUGUUUCACUGAAGAACGUAGUAUGGAGAGAGCUGCUAAGAGAAUGGCCGAGUUACAAAGAAGAUCAGAAGAAGGAAAAGAAGAGGAAUUGUUACUUUAUUAUGAAGAUGAAUUUCCGUACUCACGAACUAUGUCUGGUCUUCCUCUACAGAGAACAGUUACUGAGGAAGAAUUUAACAAGAGAAUUCAACUUGCUCUACAUGAAGGUACAUCUAAUUUGACUCAGACUCUAGUUGGUAACAGUAUUAAAACAGUUUAUACUCAUACAGAAAGCAAUGGUGGAGGAAUGAAAAGUGAAAGUUAUUUACAAGGUAUACAGCAAUCUCCAAGUUUUAGCUUGCCAAUAACGUUUCCAAUGGUAACCAAUAAUAAUAAUAAUAAUAAUACACUGAACAAUCUACAGCCAGAAAGUUUAUCUGAUGAUACAGAUGAUGUAUUAGAGAUUAGAAGAGGAAGACAGAGUAUACCAGUUACUGUACAGAAAUCACCAUAUCAAUAUAACAUCUCACCUACUUCUAAACAUCAUCAAGGGAGAUCUGGUUCAGUUUUACAAUGUUCAAGUCAGAGUAAUUCAACAACUACGUCACCCUUAGUUACAUCAGCCAUCUUGAAUAAAUCUAGCAACCAAUCUGGUAACCAUAGUGACAAUAAUAUUCAAAUAUCAAACUUUCCCAAUAAAUCAUUAAUUGGCAAUUUAAGGCGUUCGCAUGUCCGGCAUGUUACUAGUGGUGAUUGAUGACGGGUUGGAAUUUUAGCAGAUAAAAUUUGAUAUAUUACUCAUAACAUCAUUAAAAUAUCUAUAUCUCUC